UCUAAUACUUGAAUUUCAAUUUUUGAUAGACUUAUAAAGUGAGGAUUUACUCAUUUUAAUAUGGUUGGAGCCCUAUCAAACCAUUUUCCUUGAAUUUUCAUAAAUUUAUCUAUUUAAUUUAGAUUUUUCAUUUUUUUUAAAUGACAUUAAUAUUCUUCGACCUCUCUUUCCCACUCUCUCGUUUCUUGUUUUUGUUCCCUAUCGUCUCUCUGCAAUUCAAUUGAAUUAUCUGUCUUUGCAUCUUUAAGAGAUUGUUAUCUCUGCUAUUCAAUUGAAUUCUCUCUCUCUAUCUCUGCAACUUAAUAGAGAUCUCUCUCUCCAACCCCAAUUGAAUUCACCGCCAUUUUUUUUUUUGUAGAAAUGACUUUUGCACCUUUAAAAAUCUUUUCUCCUUCCUGCUACAACCCCAAAGAAAUUGUCAGGUUCAGUUCUUCCUCUUCUUCUUCUAGGGUUACGUCUGGACAUGUAUGGUUGCGAAACCCUGGAAAGCUCAGAGUUGGCUAUUCUUGCAAAGCUACGAAGCGUAUGGCUUUCUGGAAAGGCGUGGAAACAGAGGGGGGAGAUGGAAACAUUGAACAGUUUCUUGAAAACAAUGCGAUUGCUGAUUUCAUGAGGUUUCAGGGAAAUGGGGAGGAUCAUGAUGGUAAAUUGCAGACUGCGAUAGUCAGCUACAAGAAGAGGUUCCCGUGGUCUUUGCUCCAACCUUUUCUUCAGGUCGAUUUGGUGUCUACCAUCCAUAUUGCAGACAAAGAGUAUUUUGCAACACUCCAGAAGGAGCUUGAGACCUACGACCGGGUCCUCUAUGAGAUGGUGGCAAGCAGGGAGAAUCUAGAGUCCAGAAGAAAUGCUAGGGACCUAAAAUCCAGCACGAAGCUUAAAGGUUCUCGCUCUCGAGGCUUCAACAUUCUUGGAUGUAUUCAAAGGCAAAUGGCUAGAGCUCUUGCUUUAGAUUUCCAGCUAGACUGCCUUGAUUACCAGGGUGACAAAUGGUACCACGCAGACCUUGACUUUGAGACCUUCAAGUUACUUCAGCUCGAAAGAGGUGAGAGCUUCUUCACAUUCGCAAGAGACAUGACUAUACGGUCCACAAAAGCAAUCGUGCAACCUGCCACUGUACCAGAAGAGCUUGGGCCUUGGAGAUCAAAGCUUUUGUGGGCUUCUCGAGUGUUACCUAUGCCACUUGUCGGUCUUCUUAUCAUCGGAAGUGUUUGUGCACCUGCAGACAAGCCUUCGACUGAGUAUCCUGAAUGGAAGGCACUCUCUAGACUCGAUUUUGGUGCUGCAAUGAAGGUCUUUCUGGCAAAGCGAUUGACUACAGAAUUCACUCAGGCAACUGCUGAAGUUGAAGAGAAAUCAGUUAUAAUCGGAGACAGAAACAGAGUAGCAUUGGAGGCAUUACAGAGAGCAAUCGAUGAUGGCUGCCAAAAAAUAGCGGUGUUGUAUGGAGGUGGUCACAUGCCUGAUAUGGGCAGGCGAUUGCGAGAAGAUUUCGAUCUUGCCCCUUCUCAUGUCUCUUGGAUAACUGCCUGGUCUAUAGGGAACCAAGACGUUCAAAGCAAGAAUCAAUCUCUUCCAUUUCUGAAAGCUUUGGCUGAGAUAUCGGGAUGGCCACUUAACCGGUACCAAACCCUGGCUUUGCUGAUCUUCUCUUCUGUUCUGGCAAUCGAUCUGUGGUUUUGGGAGCUCUUCUUUAGCUCUCUAGUCAAUUGGGCUGCUCAGGCUGCUUCUGAGAUCCCCCAUUUUUAUUGAGAUUAACACAACUUAUAAUCCUCAAAAUCAUAAUGUGUAUCAUUUUACAAUUAUUGGGCCGCAACAAAUUCGCGGUAUUCACCAAUAGCAAUGAAGCUAAAGGCACAUUGUUGUAGAUUGGAUUGUAUAUAAAUUGUUAUUAAUGUGAAUAUGUUGGGUGCGAUUUCUAUAA